AUGUCGCACCCGACGCUGCUGGACAUUGGUGUCACCGCCUACACCCACCAAGCGGAGGUGGAUGAGCUGCGGCAGCGGCUGCACAUAGCCCAUCACUACUUUGACUGCUGGCUCUACGGCUUCCUAGAGAAUAAAAAGUUUAACAUUGAAGAGGCUGUGAGCAAGCUAGGUCGCCGCGAGACGUUUGAAAGGGAGCAGCUUGCAAAGAGCACCGUGACGGACUGGAUGAUGGAGAACAUGCGCAAAGGCAUCAUGCAAAUCAUAGGAAACGACAAGGAGGGCCGCGUGGCAUUCUACGUGGUUACCGCCAGGGAUAAGCCAGUCGCCGCGAGGCGUGCAGAGAGUAAGGCGAACUUUGACAUGAUGGUGAGCUACGGCACCCGCCUCCGCGCCGAAAGCAAGCGCUGCCAAAUGGUGAUGCUCAUCAACCAGGAGAAGGCCAGCUUGUGGAGCAACAUGGACAUGACCUUUCAGGCGGACAUCGCCCUCCACAUUUCGAAGUUCUACCCGGGCGUCGUGGACAAGAUGUACGUCUGCAACAUGAACCGGACCCUGGCGGCGAUGGCAAAACCCAUCUUUUCGCGCCUCCCGGCGAUUGUGUCGGACCGCAUAAUGAUUAUAACCGACGCCGAAAUGAAGUCCGGGAAGCUGUUGGAGUACUUUGACGAGAGUGUCCUGCCGGUGGCGCUGGGCGGCACCAACGACUGUGAUCGCCCGGAGAACUACGCCAAGUUCGCCGUGAACGUCAGGGAACACUUUGAGCAAUUGAAGUCCGCGGUGCUCUUCCGUGGCCUGUCGGUGAAGGAGUGGGAAUUGGCGUCCCUUUUUCCACACGGGCUGCCGGAGAACGCGAACCUGCUUACUGAGCGGCGGGGAACCGAUUCCCUAGUGUCCCCACCACGCCUGAACGCCGCGGAGGACUCACUCUGGAGUCACCGUCCACCCACCCCUAACUCGUUCAUUGGCGUUGAAUCGGUGGACCUGAUCACGUGCGAUUCUCUUGACGCGAACUGCUUUUCCGCACCGCAGGGCUGGCGUGAAGGGCGUCCCGUGGGAGAGCUGCUCUCCCUUAGGCACUCCUUUGCGACGAAUAAAAGGAGCUUGGUGGACGACUACGUGGAGCAGUUUAUGCUGUUGGAGACGUUUUUCCGCAGCAGCAUUGUAGAGACCGCGGAGCGCGAGUGGCUGUCGAUUUUGCAGCGCGAAGUUCCUGCCCGUCGCAUGCUGCGCGCUGCGGAGCAAAAUCUGUGGAAGGGUACACUUUUGUUCCAACGCCUACCCCUCCCAGUACAGCUGAUUUCCAAGGGCGUACUCUGGCUGGCGCUGAUGGUGAUGUCAAUGUACUUUCUUAUUGCUACUAUUUUUGGGACGCUGUUUCUCUGUUGCUUUAUGAAUACACUCUUCUUUUCGAUGUUUAUUGCCCCAUACAACGUCUUCCCCUACGGAUGCGCUCUGUUUGUGACGGGGUUCCAGUGCGUCCUCUUCUGCUCGCGUGGUAUUGAGCUGCUGCGUCGCACCUACGAGGGUCAACUCAUCGACGCCUUCAGGGCGAUUGGUCCAAAAGGGCUGUUCUUGCAGGCAGUGGUGUGCGUUGCCGCUAUGAUUGCCUUUUUUGUGGUGUUCUGCGUCAUGGCCGCACGCCACAACGUGGUUAUUGGAAUGCAGUACUCCGCUGGAAGCGGGUGGAUGGUGACGCUGUGCAUUAUAGUUCUGUACCACUUUCUGUACGCAUUUGGGGUGACAGGGUACCGCAGAAGCACGCGGCAGAGCGAUGGUGGGGUCGCGACGCUGUAUUUCUUCCUCGACGUGGACAUGGACGCGAAUCACAACGCCGUGCGAGAAGCGCCGACGAUGGAGGUGGCCGUUGCGUGUGUUGUGGCGUUGGCGGCCUUUGCCUGUGGCCUUGCCUACAUGCUGCACGGCGCCUUCUUCUUCCUUAGCGCGACUGUGGCGACGACUUCCCUCGUCGCUGUGCUUGCAGUCGUUUUCGUGAACGCUGGCCAUAGUCACUCCACGGGCAGCUUGCUAAUUGUCGCCGGGCUUCACUCCUGUUUCACAUGGUUGGCGCUCGUCUUUACCUCCGCGGCGCACGGCUGGCGUGGGGAUUGGGGCCGUUCCUCGGGCGCCCUCUUAGCCAUAGCCCUGGCGACGGACACCGUUGUUAUGAUUUGCGCAUUCAUGCCACUGCGGAACCGGGUGGCGCGCCGUUGGAUUUUCCGUGCGGCGUGGUUGUGGGUUGUUAUGCAGUUCGCUGCCUUCCUCAUUCUCGCAUUUAUCACUGACUACCGCCUGGGCAUCAUCACGCUGGCGUUUGGCCUGCACCUGAUCUUGUACGGCCUGCGGGCGAGCUACGGCUCCAGCAACUACGGCGUGGUGUUCCCGGUUGCCGUCUUCGUCGCCGUGUUGCUCUACUGCAUCGUGGGUGGGUGGGAGACGGCGCGUGCUCGCUACGACACGCCGGCUAGCCGGUGGCUGCUGCCAAACUACGCUCGGCGCGAGGCGGCUGGUUCUGCCUUCCUCACAUACGAGCCGAAUUCCGUCCCGUUGCUGCCGGUGUGUUGGGCUCGGUUUUCGCCCCACGUGGACAUCGUCGGCAUGGCGCUCUUUGCGAAGCUGUUGGACGCACACUCGAUGAAUGUCACGCUGACGGACCUCCACGUUUGGUUUCCCAACUUUACGUACGUCUUCAACUCUACCUUCUCCCCCCAGUCGUUCUUGCAGACGAAAGUUUUCGAGACGUCGUCCAACGGGCGCGCCACGACGAUUGUCACCCUGGGCUCCAGCGAGCACAUCUACCCUGUGAUGGAGUCCAUGACGAUGUGGGUAAACGUGAUGGCGUUCUCGCUGCUGUCACCCGUCACACCGUCGCAGUGGUUUAUCCAGCUGAUGUCGACGCUGACGGCAACGGAGAAGUUCUCCCCGCUGCUGUGGAAGGGCUCCAUCGGCCAGGCCCGAAAGGAGUUGGUCCGCUACGUGGAAUCCGUUGUGCGCCCAGGGCAUGACGUGUUCCUUGUGGGGCACGGUCUCGCAGGCGCAGUCUCCGCAUUUCUUGUCUCAGACAUGCCAGAGGACGUGCGUGGUGUGACGUUUUCCUCGCCGCUGAACGCCAUUGCGUGGCGUAGCGGCAGUCAGUGGAUACCCGACGUGUUGCCGGGCCGCGUCUUGUCUAUUGUGACUUCCUCCGCAUGGCUUGCGGCGCAUUGGAUCUGGGGGGCGCUGGUGGAGACGAUACCGUGCUGGUCCUCCGAGGGUGGGUGCCACAGCAUUCAGUCGAUGGCGCAGCGGCUCUGGGAGAUUUGUCAACAAAGUGCAACACCGCCCAGUGAUUAG